AUGGCCCAACCCAAUUCUACUUCGGAUUCGCCUAAGAAACCCCCAAUUACUGUCUCUAUGGAUGAAGCUAGUAUAAACAACGAAGAUAUAGAAGAUCGUGCGUUGAUGAGGAAGGUUGAUUGGAAUUUACUGCCGAUUCUGACAUCGCUUUAUCUCCUAUCCUUCUUGGAUCGUGCCAACAUUGGCAACGCCAAGCUUGAUGGAUUGACGACGGAUACCGGAGUUACUGGGGCGAAUUACAAUACCGCACUUGCUUUAUAUUUCGUUGGUUACGUUAUAUGGGAGGUCCCGGCAAACAUCGUACUCAAGCGAUUCAACCCCAAGGUCUGGCUCCCGACUUUGACUUUAGCCUGGGGCAUUGUCUCUAUUUGCCAGGGAUUUGUGAAAAAUCAGGCUGGCUUAUUUGCGGUUCGGUUCUUUCUGGGAACGGCUGAGGCUGGGUUAUUUCCUGGAGUUAUUUAUGUCUUCUCCGUGUAUUACAGAAGGCAGGUCAGGCGUGAACGGCAUUGGCGAGUGGCUGUAUUUUUUGGUGGUGCAGCUAUCUCGGGUGCUUUUGGGGGGAUCCUUGCAUGGGCUAUCGGAAAGAUGAAUGGAGUCGGUGGACAGCCUGGUUGGGCUUGGAUUUUUAUCCUUGAAGGGAUCCUUACGGUCAUUGUUGCUAUUGCAGCAUAUUGGCUUGUUCCAAACUGGCCAGAGCGAGCCUCUUUCCUUACAGAGCGCGAAAAAGCACGGCUAAUCGCACGGUUAAAACAUGACUCAGCUGGUGUUUCCGAACAAUUUAAAUGGAAAUACGUCAGGGAGGCCCUAACCGACCACCUAGUGUGGGCAUACGCUUUUCUAUUCCAUGGGUUCGCUUUUGUACUCUACUCGCUAUCUCUUUUCUUGCCCACCAUUAUUGCCGGAUUAGGGUACGCGUCAUGGGAAGCACAAUUGUUGACUGUUCCACCUUAUGCACUGAGCGCUAUUUGCAUCGCAAUUUCUGCUUGGUUAGCGUCGGUAUAUAAUCGUCGGGCCAUAUUCAUAAUUGGGUCGGCGAUAAUUGGAAUCAUUGCUAUCCAUGUAGGCUAUAUCCUGUUGCUCGCGACUAAUACGGUCAAGCUGGGAGGCAAUAUGUGGGAGUUCAUCUUGCGUGUGUGGGCAGGGGUUUACACCGGAAAUGCGCUCCUGUUGAGUUGGCCAGGCGAGAAUGUUGCUCCACAAACCAAACGCGCAGUCGCGGUUGCAAUGCAGAUCAGUAUAGGCGACCUGGGUGCAAUCGCCGGUGUGUUGAUAUACCGCCCAGAAUGGUCUGCAAACAGAUUCCGCAAGCCUCACAUUAUAUCUAUUGGUUACCUGGUUUUUGCACUCGUCGUAACCGUUUGGCUAUGGGUCUGGAUGACACACGAGAACAAGCGGCGCGAUAGGUUGAUGAACAACGAAAAAGGUUUAGACGAGGAGACGGAUGCCGAGGACAAGGUGGACCAAGGGGACCGUGGCAAAUAUUCGCAUGCCGUCGCGUAA